GCCGCGCCGGCCGCGCCGGCUUCCCCGGGUCUCAUGAAUAUUGAGCGGCGCCUGUUGUAUUUCCCGAGCUCCAUUGCGGAAGCCCAGGCUCGCCAUAUUGUGCGGCGGCGCCGGCGGCCGCGGCGCCUGCAGAGCGAGAGUCGGCCGGGCCGCGAGGCGAGCCGCGGGGCCCGGAGCCGCCAUGUCUCAGGCUGUGCAGACGAAUGGAACCCAGCCAUUGAGCAAGACCUGGGAGCUCAGCCUGUAUGAGCUUCAGCGGACACCUCAGGAGGCCAUAACUGAUGGCCUGGAGAUCGUGGUGUCCCCGCGGAGCCUGCACAGUGAGCUGAUGUGCCCCAUCUGCCUGGACAUGCUGAAGAACACCAUGACCACCAAGGAAUGUUUGCACCGCUUCUGCGCCGACUGCAUCAUCACGGCCCUGCGCAGCGGUAAUAAAGAAUGUCCGACAUGCCGCAAAAAGCUAGUUUCCAAGAGGUCGCUUCGGCCCGACCCCAACUUUGACGCGCUCAUCAGCAAGAUCUACCCAAGCCGUGACGAGUAUGAAGCGCACCAGGAGCGAGUCCUGGCCCGGAUCAACAAGCACAACAACCAGCAGGCCCUGAGCCACAGCAUUGAGGAAGGGCUCAAGAUCCAGGCCCUGAACAGGCUGCAACGAGGCAAGAAACAGCAAAUGGAGAAUGGCAGUGGAGCUGAGGACAACGGUGACAGUUCGCACUGCAGCAACGCGUCCACACACAGCAACCCUGAGGCUGGGCCCAGCACCAAACGUACAAAGACGUCGGAUGACUCGGGCCUGGAGCUGGAGACCAGCAGCGCUGCGGUGCCCAUGGACCCCGUUCUGGAUGGUGCCAGUGAGAUCGAGCUGGUCUUCAGGCCACACCCCACACUCAUGGAGAAGGACGACAGCGCACAGACCAGGUACAUAAAGACCUCAGGGAAUGCCACUGUCGACCACCUGUCCAAGUAUCUGGCUGUGAGGUUAGCGUUGGAGGAGCUUCGGAGCAAAGGCGAAUCCAACCAGAUGAAUCUGGACACGGCCAGCGAGAAGCAGUACACAAUUUACAUCGCCACGGCCAGCGGCCAGUUCACUGUAUUAAAUGGCUCUUUUUCUUUGGAAUUGGUCAGUGAGAAAUACUGGAAAGUGAACAAGCCCAUGGAACUUUACUAUGCACCUACCAAGGAGCACAAAUGAGAUUUUCCUCCAGCCAAUUCGGAGAAUGAACUUUUUUAUAGCUUAUUUCUUUCUUUCAUAUUAAAGAAGUUACUGUCAUUACUUUUAUGGACAGACUCUUUGAUAUGUUCCUCCAUUUUCUUUCUGAGCCACGCUGUUUACGCUCGCCAACUCUCCCCCUAAUUUAAUAUUUCCUUUUUUAAGGGACUGCAAUUAGCUCGUACUUUUUCUUUCCUUUAAAAAAACGUUAACUUGUGUGUUUUCACAAAGUAUGAUUCCAUUUGGGAGCACCCUUUGGACCCAGGAAUUUAUUCUAGUUCUGUAUUCUGGAGUAAAGCUUCACUUGGCCA